UUUACACAGGUGCCUCAGUUUCAAUCUGGGAAUUCUUUAAAUGAAACUUGUUUAAAAUCUUAGACCAUACCCAAAAGAGAGACCCCAGUCAACAGUAAGGUGGAAAAGAAUGAUGUUGUCCUUAAACAGUCUACAGAAUGUCGUCUGUAACCCGGUAUCUGACUUCUUCCCAACUGUAUCAGCUCCUCCCGGAUGGACGGGACUCAUACUUCUUUCCAGCUGCAGGCUACCUUAACAUGACCCUGGUGUAGAGCAGACAUUUAAUGAAUGACAUAAAAAAGGCAAAGCAAUAUGAAUCAGCUAGGAUGCUUGGGCAGAUAAUCCCCUAUGUUGGGACCAUUUCUGAGCAGUUGGAGCCUGGAACUUUGAUUGUACUACGUGGGCAUGUUCCUAGUGACUCAGACAGGAAUCUUCCUUGCACACUUCACUUCUACCCCAUCAGCAGAGCUUGGGGCACCUGGGCGAACGCACCUGCGGGGAGACUGGGCAAUGUGGGUGCUUGUGGUGGACUGCCACCAGAAGCAUGUUCCAGGUGGACUUACAGUGUGGCAGCAGCGUGAAACCUCGAGCGGACGUGGCCUUUCAUUUCAAUCCACGGUUCAGAAGGGCCAACUGCAUUGUUUGCAACACUCUGAAAAAUGAGAAGUGGGGCUGGGAAGAGAUCACCUAUGACAUGCCUUUCAAUAAAGAAAAAUCUUUUGAGAUCGUGAUCAUGGUGCUGAAAGACAAAUUCCAGGUGGCUGUCAAUGGAAAACAUACCCUGAUCUACGCCCACAGGAUCAGCCUAGAGAAGAUCAACACCCUGGGCAUUUAUGGCAAAGUUAUCAUUCACUCCGUGGGUUUCAGCUUCAGCUCGGAUUUAAGAAGUAGCCAAGCAUCUACUCUGGAAUGGACAAAGAUAAGUGAAGAAAAUGUACAGAAGUCUGGCACGUCACCGUUUACUCUGCCAUUCGUAGCGAGGUUGAACUCCUCAAUGGGCCCUGGACGGACUGUUGUCAUAAAAGGAGAAGUAAAUACAAACGCCAAAGGCUUUGCUGUUGAUCUACUAUCAGGAAAAUCCAGGGAUAUUGCUCUCCACCUGAACCCACGCCUGAAUAUUAAAGCAUUUGUAAGAAAUUCUUUUCUUCAGGAGUCCUGGGGAGAAGAAGAGAGAAAUAUUACCUGUUUCCCUUUUAGUCCUGGGAUGUACUUUGAGAUGAUAAUUUAUUGUGAUGUUAGAGAAUUCAAGGUUGCAGUAAACGGUGUACACAGCCUGGAGUACAGACACAGAUUUAAAGACCUGAGUCAUAUCGACACGCUGGAAAUCGAUGGCGAUAUCCACUUACUGGAAGUAAGGAGCUGGUAGCUGACAGGUGUGCUACAAAAACUGAAAUACAGGUGACUUCUGUAACACUGGCUUGUUAAAAUGCAUCUUACUCUCAUGAUACGGUUUAUAUAUAUUGUUAAAAUGAGCUGUAAGUCCUACUGGGUGUCCUCAGUCCAUGUCACGCAGUGAGACUUUGUCAAGCAAAAAGUGAGGACAUUUGAGGCAACAGCAGCUUAUAGCCAUUAUUAUAACAGGCCUUUCUGCUCUCUCUCCUGUACCCUGGCCGCCUCUUUUUUAAACCUACUUCACAUUCAACAAGUGUUUAUUAAGAGCCUGCUGUAACACAGUAGCCACCCUGCAUGGAGCGCUUGUCUUUUGCCAGCACUGUGCUGGGAGCUGGGAGGACACAGUGAGGCACGUACGUUCCCUGUUCUGUUCAGCUCAGAACCUUCCGUGCUUUGCCACUGUGCCAUUGUUUCUCCUCCACGCACUACAUAAACUCACCAGGCACUUAAAAGAAUUAUUCUGUUAGAUCACCUGAGGACACUAUAGGCGACACCACUCUUCCUGCAGUGCUGCCCUUCAUACCCAGUGUUUGAUCGUAUCCUGUAAUUGAGAGGAUUGAUGUUGACCUACAUCUGGCAGUUUUCUUUAGCAUAAUAUUUAUAUCUUCUAGCUGUAAGCAUUACCAAAUAAUUAUCAUUAUGAGAUCGGAACACAGCACAAGAUAGAGGCAAAAAACAAAGCAAAACGAACAAAACCAAAUGGUACUGAAAUUAACUUGAUGUCAAUCUCCAGGCCACUGAUCUUCUGUACCAGUAAAUGGUUAUUUUAGAAUAUUGGAAUUUAGGGUGAGUCAGAGGUCUCCUCUGAAAGUUUAAGGUAGACAAGAGAUGGAUUCAAUUUGUAAAAUGUUUGUGGGUAACAAAGCAAUGUCAAGAUUAGACUUAAUGAUUGAUUAUAGAACAGGCCCUAUCAGAAAGUAAAAUACACCAGCAGAGACCAGUGAAGUAGAGGGAGGCCGUGUGUGCCUGUUGCUUGUCUGCACGCAGACCAGCACUGCCUCUCCUCUUCUAAGACGACCCCAUCAUCGUUAGUGACUGAGAUCAAAACGCUGUUCUCCCUUCAGUGAUUAAAAUCAAACCUGUAUCAGCAAGUUAAACUAUUGUUGCAUUUCUGUAAUUUUUUCUGUUAUUCUUUGAAGAGAGUUGGCAGAAGUUCUUUGUAGAAUUCUUACAGGUCAGAUCUUGUCACAGGGAAUUUCAAAGCCUUGGGAGUGGGGAGGUAAAAAGCUAGAUCAGUCAGAUCAUUUUAUAUUAAAUCGCUGGGCUGAAUUCUGCCAGGAUUUGGGAAUAUUUUCAUAACAGCUUUUGGUUAGGUAUUAUUUGUAUCCCUAUAGUGGAAAAAAUACUGUUACCAGUCUUACUUUUAAAAAGUACUCAGUGUAGCACUUAAUUCUUUUCCACCUUGUCAUAUUAAUUUAUUAUGCCCAGUCUUGCCAAGCUAAAACAAACAAAAAAACACUGGUGGAGGAGAGGAUGUUGGGAAAGCUGUAGAAGGCAAGAAGGGUCUAGUAUCCCCCAAGGUUUUUUUUUCCUCCAGAAAAGAACAUCAGAGGGCCUGGCAGAUGGUAGAAACGGUGGACCACUUAGGAAAAAAGAAAAGCCCACUUACCUUGUUUCCUGUAAGUCUUAAACAUAGUUCAUUUUCAUUUUAUGUGGAUGAUACUAAGAAGUCUGACCAUUUCUUUGAUAGAAUAAAUAUAAAAUCUUAAGAUUGUUUUUGAAAAGAAGCCAUUAGCACUUAUUAAUGAAUCCUGUUGAGAUGUUUCAUAAAGAGAAAUAUGUGUUCCUAGCAAACUCCGUCUCCAGACUGCAAAUCAGCCUUUGCUUGUCACGAUUCCACACUAAGUUUCUGUAUUAAAUUAGAUCAAGGGCUUUCAGACUUGAUUUGAACACCUAUGGAACAGUGCUUAGAGGCCUUAAAUUUUAAAAAGGCAUAAAUAAAUAAAAUGCCUUAAACAAAAUAAAGGCAGAUUUGUUUACUUUUAUUUGCACCCUCACUUUGCAGCUUCACCAUGACAUAGUAUAGAGAUUAGAGAACUUCAAAGCUUUGAAAAAAAAUCUGUUGUUUACUUUUUUCCUCAUAAAAGUAAUCCUUGGUUAACCACCGAUAGAAAUGUGAGCAUUUCUAACCCUGAAGGGGCUCCCUCUUACCACCUGGUGGUUCUGAGCCCUCGUUAUUUGUGGGAGCAGUGAGGUGUGGCUGUUUUAUAAACAGCCUACUGCUUCCACCCCCUGCCCCCCAAAAGACUGAAGGAUUAAGGAGAGACGAUCAUAUUCUAGAGCAGAAAAUGCAUCCCACAACUACUCCCCUCCAUGAGCACACGCAAAAAUUAAGACUGAAGUGUCAUCUACCCAAAAUGAAAAGUAAAAGUCCAAAUGGCUUUACAGUUCAAAGCAUUCUUGUUGGGUGCUGAAUAACUCUCAUUUUCUUGAAGUAAAGAGCUGCUUUGAGUGAAAUCUCUGACACGGAUGCUACGUACAAAAGAUAGUCCUUUACCAGGAAAGUUAAGGCUUUACAGUCUAAAUGGGGGUUAGCUGUGGGUGCUAAAAUUAAUCAUGUAUGUAAUGGUAAUAACAUCACUCAGAAAAGCCCACCAUCGAUGGUCUUAAUUAAACAAACAGCAGUCUGUAUAAAAAUACCAUGUAUCAUUUACUCUUUUUGUAUAUUCUGUACAACUGGCAGGAGAGGCUUAUGUGGUAGCACAAACCAGGUGGGAAUUUUGUAAAGAAGUCCAAGUAGGUGUUAGCGGCACCAAAAGUAAUAUGGUCCUAAACACCCAAAAUAAAAAUAUGAAAAGUCAGUCUGACCUCUGAACAGCAUGAAAUACCAGAGAUCAGGGCUUUAGAAGUAGCUCUGGAGCGGCUCUCCCAGGAUCGUUUCCAGCCGCUGAACAGUCUUCUGGCACUGAUGCUCCACCUCUUCACAUUCAUCUAAAAACAAAAUCAAAAUGAGUCAGUCUUCCUGCCUCAGUUCUCAGAGCCUGGUUCCUCACAUCUCGCAUUCGCUGGCCGUCAGUCAGAAGAGAGAAAUGAAGCACAGUCCUGAGGCGGAAGCCAUCCUGGAAACCCCUCCUCUGCCUUCCUCCUUCCUGCCUUCAUUCCCUUCUUUCGGUCUAGGACUGGGGAAGCAGAAUAAGACAGACCCCAAAAGAGUGGUACACAAACGAAAAUUCCAGAUGCCUAGCGAUGCCACUCUUAGUAGUUCACACAGCCCCUCUCCAGGAGGGAGGAAACAAAGGUGCAGGCACCUGGUUUUGGAUCAGCAGUGAACCGCUAACGUGAAGGCAUCUGUCUACUCGCCUCCAUCACCCCGCUAAUAAGCUGCACUGUUACUUCUUGGGCUGCGUGGUGGCACAGUGCUCGUUCUGCCGUCGGUCCAGAACUGCGCAAACCUGGACUUAAACCCCAGUUCCACCUGUCACACAUUUCUAUCAGCUAGAUUACUUAAUCUCUUAAAGCCUCUAGUUUUUUCCUUUAUAAAAGGGGGAUAACGGCAUAUGCCUUGUGAGGAUUAACGACAUCAUCCACGUAGAGCACAGAGUAAGUGCUGGUCAUUAACAGGCAGCCACCCCAUUGCAGCCUUAGUGGCACUGGAUGUUUUGGUAUAAUAACCCUAGAUCUGUGGACCAAAACAUUCAAUCACAGACAUGCGUGAGGUUAAAGAAAAACAGUAUCAUAGUCUGCACCGUCAGCAAAAAAACACAAAAGUAAAGAUAGUGAGAUUAUGCUAUAAACAAAUCUCAAAUGACAAUGAGGCAGCCCGUGCACCCCACUCAAACCAGGAGCUCAGCCUCUGCACAGAGGGCUGGAGACACGAGCUCAUCACAGGCUAUCCAAAUGUGCAUUCUCAUUGGGCACAUUCCCACAGAAGUUCACUCUAAUUAUUUCUUAAUAGUUUGGGAAUUACCUUCCAUCAAUUCAGCUAAGAAAGGAAUGGAUUCUGGUAACAAGACGAUAUAAUUCUCUCUUAGCUUUUCAGCCAGUGCCAGCACCGUAAUCAGAGCAGCAAAUCGAACCUGAAAGGGAUAAAAAAGGUGAAGAAUAAUUAAAAAAAAAAGAACUAGUAUUCUUGUAUUACUUUAUGAUCUAACUUGAGAUGAGCUCCGAAUUUUAAACUGUUAGCCUCACGUGAGUUUAUUUCACUUUCUGGCCAACUUUCAUCUUGGAAUACCAGUUUGUUUAACAAUUCAGGAUCCAUCUAUAAUAUGGGCAACCUUAUAUAUCAGUGCUUUUCAAUCUGUGUUCUAGAAUUACAAGCCUUUCAUGUGAAUGUCUUUUUAUAACAUUUUUCUUAAAACAAACCAGUAAAAAUGCCACCUGCAAAUUCAAGUGUGUCAUCAAAUGUGACUGCACUGGAGCCGCCAGCUGGCCUGGCCGCUGGUGAUGCUGACCUGGCAGGACCGCGUCCCCGGCCACUGCAGGCAGGACUCCCGUCCUCAGGACCCUGACUGGGGUCACAGUAUGGUUGUGUGAGGGGCCAGGUGCCGGCUCUGGCCACAACCUCACCUCAGCCUGACUAAAAAACACACUCAUUGUGUCAUAAAUGUCCUAGUUUUGGAACUUAAAAGAUUGGAGUGUUGCUCACGACUUGUCUCUGACAAGGAAUGCAACCAGUUGUUUGUUUUGUUAGUGAUUCACUUUGAAACAAAAGCUAUGUUAGUCUUCUUUCUGGUUUUGGGUAAUUCUGGUAAAGAAUAUUUGGAUAGAGCAAAGUGAGUUGUUGAAAAAACGUUUGUUACUGCCUAUGUUCAAUCAGGAUUUUCUUGAUAUUGUACAAUCAAAACAACAUAUUACAAAACAACAAAUUUAAUGCAACUUUGUUAAGAUCCUACAAUUUAAAAUUUGGGGGUUCCCAUCCAUACAUCUGUGAAGAAGAAUUAGCAUAAUAAGAAGAAAAAUACAUUUUGUUAAUUACAUUUUACUUCCAAGACCUUUCAAGCCAAUGUAGAAAAAGAAAACUUUGGGCACUGUGAUCCUUUCAUGUGUAAAAAGGAAACUGAACUAGAAAAAAUUAAAGUAGUAAAAACAUUAAUCUGAAAAAUAAUAAAUAAAAUAAAAUUUGGGGGUUCAUCGAAACAGCCUCAUUGUUUUCAUUACUUCCUAAUAAAUGCUGUGAAUUUCAACUAAUAAAUUUAUUAACAAAA